GUACCCCACGCCAGUUUGACCACAGCGGAGUACUACCACCAGAUGGCCCUGCUUGCAGGUCACCGCAGCCCGUACGCUGACAUCAUUCCUUCAGUGGCAUCCGCAACAGGGCCUACAAGCAGUGCCCUGCAUAUGGAGUACCUACAGGCUAUGGAAACUUCACGAUUUCCAAGUCCUAGGCUCACAAAUCGACCCAGCAGAAAACGACCCCUUCCCAGCUCCCCUUCCCUGUCUGACCCCAGUUUUGACCUGCAGGCCAUGAUUCGCACCUCGCCCAACUCUCUAGUCACUAUACUUAAUAAUUCCCGCUCCAGCUCAUCCACCAGUGGAUCCUAUGGACACCUCUCAGCUGGUACUAUGAGCCCUGCACUGAGUUUUGCAUAUCCUCCAACACCUGUGGCACUGCAAAUGCAUCAGCAGCUGAUCAGUCGGCAACCAGGCAUCGUAGGUUCUGCGUUUGGACACAGUCCGCCCCUUGUGCACCCAUCUCCUGCCUUUGCCACCCAGAGACCAGUUCCUGGCAUUCCUCCCUCCAGCCUGCCACCUACAGAACGUUUCACAGCCUCAAAUGACUCACAGGAGCAAAUGGAUGGAAUGACGCUGGUGAAAGAGGAGGGUGAUAAAGAGGAGGGCAAGCCGGAGCCAGAGGUGGUGUAUGAGACCAACUGCCACUGGGAAAGUUGCUGCAGGGAGUUUGACACCCAAGAGCAGCUUGUGCAUCACAUAAAUAAUGAUCACAUCCAUGGAGAAAAGAAGGAGUUUGUGUGUCGCUGGGAGGAAUGUUCAAGAGAGCAGAAACCUUUUAAGGCCCAGUACAUGCUGGUAGUGCACAUGCGCAGACAUACAGGAGAGAAGCCUCAUAAAUGCACGUUUGAAGGCUGUUCAAAGGCCUACUCCAGACUGGAGAACCUGAAGACACAUUUGCGUUCACACACAGGAGAGAAACCCUAUGUGUGUGAACAUGAAGGCUGCAACAAAGCCUUUUCCAAUGCGUCAGACCGAGCCAAACACCAGAAUCGCACACAUUCCAAUGAGAAACCCUAUGUGUGCAAAAUCCCUGGUUGCACUAAACGAUACACUGAUCCCAGCUCUUUACGGAAACAUGUUAAGACUGUACAUGGUCCUGAAGCACAUGUCACCAAGAAACAGCGUGGGGAUACAUACCCGCAUCCCCCACCUCAGUCCCGAGAACCUGAAGGUAAUGGACAAGGUCAGUCACCUGGACAACUGCCUCUCAGAGCGAUCACUGACCAAAGGGAGUAUAACCAUGCUACCUCGAAACAGGACGAAUGUCUACAAGUCAAGUCAAUCAAAACAGAGAAGCCCAUGUGGGUGAUCAGGUGA